CUAACACAAUGGCUGUUCCAGACUAUAAUGGCGAAGACAGUACUGACGUUGACAUGUAUGUUCAUGAUCAUGUGAAGGAUAAGAAUAAAGUGUUGGAAGACAGUGUUGUUGAAAGAGACAGUGAGAGCAGUACUUGUGACGAAAACGUAUUAUCUGUACAGAAUCUAGAGCCCUAUAAUUCUAAAUCCUUCCCCGCAAAACCAAUUACAAGAAAGACAAACGUCGCAGUUCUUUUAUGUGUUCUUGGUUGCAUAAUGGUGAGUUUCAAACGAAUACGUUGGCAAGAACAAAAUAAGAGAAUGAGCAAGUCCAAAAUUGACAUUGACUUUAUAUUUUCUAAACAUAAAGCAAAAAUGAAAGAAUUGAAGGAUCAUCCGAAGACACGGCUUUGGAUUAAAAAGCUUGCUAAAACAUUCUAUCACAUUCCAAGGACAGUUGUUCAAACGUAUGUGUUGAACCCACAGGACUAUAGUAAUUUUAUCAAGGAACAGAAGACCGGACUAACGUCGUCUUUCAAGGAGCCAAUGCAGUUUGAAUGGUGCAGAUUAGCUAGUUUUGCUAAUUAUCCCCAUACUAAUAUUUCAGUGAUACGACUUGCCGAAGCUGGAUUUCACUAUGAGGGAAACGUAAAUGAGGUCGUCUGCUCUUUUUGUGGAUUGAAAUAUAAAAAUUGGAGGUCAAACGAAAACCCAGUACAAAUACAUAAAGACAAUGCACCUCAAUGUUCUUUUGUUGUGAAUAACUUAAAUAUCGAAACAAGAACCAAUGACAGACCGACAUCUGAUAUUUUUGUUGGUGCAUGUGGAAACUCCGCAGAAGCGCCAAACUUUUCAGUAAUAAAGAAAGAUAAAGAAGAAACAUCUACAGCAAGGGACAAGAAAACAAACGAAACAUAUUCAGAAAACAAUGUUGCCAUGGACUGGAAUAGAUUUACUAUGGAAACUAAUAUUACAGCUGGCAACGAUAGCAGGUUGGCUAAGGAAAGCCUAGAAAACAGCUCAUCUCCCAGGAAAACCAAUUGGGAGUUCCAAGAUUUUUCCCGUAACAACGUAAACGGUCUCAUUAGCAUUCCAGAAAACAACACAGCCCUGCAGUCAUCAAUUCAAUCACCACGCACAUAUGUUCCUGUCAGCUCACUCACUUCAAAUAUGGAGGCACUGAGCAUGGGCGUUUGUCUAGAGAAGCCCAAAUAUCCAAAAUAUGCUAUAAGAACAACUCGAUUGUCAUCAUUUGCAAAUUGGCCUUCUAACCUUUCUCAAUCACCAGAUGAACUGGUGACUGCAGGUUUCUUUUAUACCGGCAUAGAAGAUCAUUGCAGAUGUUUCUUUUGCGGAGGUGGUCUGCGAAGAUGGGAAGUUGGGGAUUUGCCAUGGACAGAACAUGCGCGGUGGUAUCCGAAAUGCCAAUUUGUAAAACAAUGUAUGGGAGAAAAAUUCAUUGAAGAUGUGAAGCAUGGAAAGGAUCCUGAAAACAUUUUAAAUAGCGCCCAUUCGGAACAAAAAAUGGAGCCAAAAGGGUUAAAUGGUUACAUGAAUAAUCCAGCAGUGCAAACAAUCUUAGAAUUUGGAUAUGAACCAAAUGUAGUCAAAUCAGCUUAUACGAGCUUACAAACAGCUGGACUUCAAGAAAUAACAGCCAGUUUAUUGUUUGAAACAAUUAAUGAAAAAGAAGAAAGAGAACAAACGCAAUCGGCUUGUAAUCAUCCUGUCAAAAGUAGCAUUAAAGAAGCACACGAAGAAAAAAAUCAUAUACAGGAUACACCUAGAGACGAACUGGCCAGAAUUGACCCAGACAUUGAAUUAUCAGUGAAAAGUCUUGAAGAGGAAAAUAGAAACUUGAAAGACCAACAAACAUGCAAAAUAUGUCUAGAUGAACCAGUGUCCAUCGUUUUUCUGCCAUGUGGGCACAUGGCAGCGUGUAUAAACUGUGCCCCUGCUCUAAGACGAUGUCCGAUCUGUAGAGCUUUCAUCAAAGGGACAGUUAAGGCAAUCAUGUGUUAGGAU